AUGCAAAAGAAUGUUUUGUACCAAGAUAUCUUAGGUUAUUCCCAAUAUCUUUGUUCCGAGAACAACUCUGGAUAUGUUCAUGAUGCCACUGUACCUGUUUGCUAUAAGAUUGACCCUACACCUAGAACUAGACCAAACGCCAUCUUGUCAUGUGAAAAUUUCAACGGACAUCUUUUGAGAAUAAACACACAAAGAAAACAAAAAUUUGUGGAGGAUCUUAACCUUAAAGGGACAGAUUUAAUAGGAAAGUACCGAGUUGAUGGAGACAAAACCAGUGGUGUGUGGAAAUUCUCCGAUGGAAAGCUCAUAUCAGAAUUUUACUGGUACCCUGGUGAGCCAGCAAACCCGGGAGCCACGUCAAUAGGCCUCAGGGUGGCAUACAUGGGCAAAUGGGAUGACAUCGCAGAGAAUGUGCAACACGGCAGUAUCUGUGAAAGGGAUAUAGAAUUUGAAUGAAUGUUUCUACAUAAACACAGAGUCUU